UGGGGAGCCGGUGUGGGCGAAGCGGAGGACUCUCCUAUAAAACCCGGGAUCCCACGAACAGACGCGCUCGUCUCUCCCAGGCAAGAGUCGUGUUUCCCUGCCUGACAGCUGCCUCGUCCCCCCGCUACAGCUCGGAAAGGAACCGAGAAUCCCCCCACAGCUUCCGCAGAGAAGAGAGCUCCGUAUACGGUUGUGACUGACGCUCCAGCGAGGAUGUCCCGGACCGACGAAGUGCACCGCAUUACGGAGAAUGUCUACAAGAACAUCAUGGAGCAGUUCAACCCGUGCCUACGCAACUUCAUAGCCAUGGCGAAGAGCUACGAGAAGGCGCUCACCAGUGUCACAUAUGCUGCAAAGGGCUACUUCGACGCUCUGGUGCGGAUGGGCGAGAUGGCCAGCGAAAGUCAAGGCUCUAAGGAUCUUGAAGAGGCAGCAUGGGAUGUGCUCUUUCAGAUGGCUGAAGUGCACAGACAGAUCCAGAUCCAGCUUGAGGAGAUGCUGAAGUCUUUCCACAACGAGCUCCUCACAGAGCUGGAGAAGAAGGUGGAGCUGGACGCGCGCUACCUGAACGCGGCGCUGAAGAAGUACCAGAUGGAGCACAAGAGCAAAGGGGAGAGUCUGGAGAAAUGCCAGGCGGAGCUGAAGAAGCUGCGCAGGAAGAGCCAGAGCAGCAAGCACCCCUCCAAGUAUGGAGAUAAGGAGAUGCAGUAUGUGGAGGCCAUCAGCAACAAGCAGAGCGAGCUGGACAGCUACAUCGCCGAGGGCUACAAGAACGCUCUGUCUGAGGAGCGGAGGAGGUACUGCUUCCUGGUGGACCGUCAGUGUGCCGUGGCCAAGAACAGCAGUGCCUACCACAACAAGGGUAAGGAGCUUUUGUCCCAGAAGAUCCCCGUGUGGCAGCAGGUGUGCGCCGAACCGACCAAGCUGCCGGAUCGGGCCAUGUUCCUGGCACAGCAGAUGAGCGGCGCGGCGGGCGGCGUGCCUCCCGGCGCCCUCCACCCCGGCAUCCCCGAGCCCAUCUCUGGCGCCAAACCUCUGCCCAUGCCUCCAGAGCUGGCAGCCCUGCGGGCCGGCGCCACCAUGGGCCAGCAGCGGCUGAUGGACGGAGCGAUGCCGGUGAUGAACGGAGCAGCAGGUGGAGAGGACUACCAGCAGUGGAUGGAGAGCAAGGUGGCGCAGGGCAAAGCCUCCCCGCAGCCUCAGCGGCACGGAGCGGAGGUCUACUCCAACACCCUGCCUGUGCGCAAGGCCGCCCCCACAAAGAGCAAGACCCCCCAACUGGAGACUCGCACGCUGCCUCGCUCCAGCUCCAUGGCUGCAGGUCUGGAAAGGAACGGCAGAACUCGAGUCCAGGCCGUCUUCUCCCACGCCGCCGGAGACAACAGCACGCUGCUGAGCUUCGCCGAGGGCGACGUCAUCACCCUGCUGGUGCCUGAGGCGCGAGACGGCUGGCACUACGGCGAGAACGAGAAGACGAGGAUGCGGGGCUGGUUUCCCUUCUCCUACACCCGGCUGGUCUCCGAGAGCAACGGCGACACCAUGAGGCAGCUUCGAGUUCACAACCUCCACCAUGGGAAAAGCAGCAGCACAGGGAACCUUCUGGAGAGAGAGGACAUGCCUCUGCCCGGCCCCGAUUACGGCACUCACACACGAAUGUCUGCACAGAGCACCGCCACGCUGCACAGGCAACAGCGUCCCUACAGCGUCGCGGUGCCAGGCUUCCCGCAGCAGGGAGUUGAAGAGUACGAGCCCCGCUUCCCCACCAGGAGAGAUCCGCCCAGCGAGCCGACUGUGGAGGCUCCAGCUAAACCCCUGCUUCCUGAUGAAGGUGAAGCUGAGGAGGAGCAUCUUGAUGAAGCUCACUACGACUCCUUGGAAACCUCCACGGCCACGGAGAGCCCCUGAGCUGCAGCACAAUUAUUUGACUUCCCAAUGAAGUGCUCAAAAAAAAAAAGGUUACAUUAGCAGGAAAAACAGAGAUGAUGUGAUGUAAACAGUCGAUGUUCAUUUGAUGUUCGACGAUCCAGACAAACUUUUGACUCCUUCAGUUUGUAGAUACUUUAGGUAAAAAUGGACACAAAGAAUUUUUUGUAGUUGGACAAAAAUGUGAGCUUCUUAUAUACUUGUUUUAGAUGUAGCCAAUUAUUUAGAGCGGAAAAGGGGCUUUAAGGCCAUUUUCAAGGUGUUUUACCUUUUUUCCCUUGCGUUAUUACUGCCUUCACCCAGAGCAACAGCGCCAUCUGUUGUUGCUGCUGCAGCACUGCCACUUCCUGAACCACUAAGACGAUAAAAGUCUAACACGGUUAAGUGAGUAAAACUUCUUCAGUUCAGCAAACGCAAACCCUUAUGUUUAGAUAUUUAUGGCCGAUUUCUGAUCUCUGGUUUCUGAAAGUUCUGACCUGAUAAUUAGCAACGUUCAAAUGAUUUGUUUCCAGUCUUGCUGUCCGAACGGACAUUUCUUGUUUACUGUUGAAACCAGAUUUUUACAGCAACUAUUUAAAAAGAAAGAAAAAAAAAAGACACUUCACUCUGUUUUUGUUGUUGUUGUUUUUUCUCUAAUUUUCUGGUAUUACAUCAGAGUAAAACUGUGAAGGGUUUCAUAUGUUUGGGCCCAUUCUUCCUGCAAACACAUCUCGUGGAAUAAAAGGUAAUUGACCCAAUUAUGACUUUGGUAUUGUCCAACAUUCUCUGCUGGGACCGGGUCUGGACCUGCUGCUGUCUCAGCUGAGACUGUGGAGUGUUUCCCAUUGUCUUGGUUAAAAUGCAUUGAUGUGGUUCUGGAAGCACCAUAAGUUGCUCUAAAAAUACUCUCUAGAUUGUUAUGCAUCAGGGCUUUUGCCAAGGAAACUGAUUCAACCGCAUCUACGACUUAUAAAGAACCUUAACGCUUCUGGACGAGAUUAGAGUCAGUCUUCUUUUUUUUAUGGUACAAUGUAUGAAUGUAAUUUUGUUUUUUGGAGCUUAACAAAACAAUCUUUUGUUGUUCUGUCAGCUGUUAUCGGAUGACCAUGACAGGCUCGCUCACUGACAUUCCUUCAGAUUUACUUUUAACGGUACCAUAAUAUUCUCUAUUCUCUUUUAGUCUUUUUAUCAGAAACUUUUUUUAUAAGAAGCUUAACUAUUUUCUUUCACUUCUCAGCUUAAACUAGACCAACUCAUCGCACAGUGACUUGUUGAUACAUCCUACUAAACUUCCUUUUCGUACUCUGGAUAUUUUAUAUUUUUUUAAUGCAAUUAUGAACGAAUUUGAACAAACAAAACAAAACAGAUUAUUAUGGGUCUAAAUUGUCUCCAAGAAAAACGGUUUGGAAUCAUUUUUUUUCCCCCCACAUAAAGAUAUUCCAAACUUUUUUGUUUUUAUUUUUUAAAAAGCUGUACAAUCUGAAUUAAUAUUCAAGUUGACUUUCAAAAUAAUGUAAAGCUUCAUUUUAUUUUAUUUUUUUUUAUGUCAGUUGUGGUCUGUGUGUUCAGCUCUACUGAAAUUGGUAAUUAAAAAUAAAAAUGUACUUAAACUGCCUUGCUGUCAGCGACAUAAACAACUGGUGAGGCUUUUUUUUUGUUCGUAAUCCAUGAUGUAAAACAUAUUUAAUAAUAAAAAAUUUAGCAGAGAGCAGAUGAGGAAAACAAAUACUAGAAUAUUGCAGUUUUUGAUUGGUUUCACAGUUAGUCUUCAAAUAAUGUCAUUUUGGAUUGGUGUUGAAUUGUUUUGGGUUUUUUUAGUACUGAAAAUGUUCCUAUAUAAAUGUGUUAGGCAGUAUUGACCCGAAUCAGCCCCCGUGUGUCAGUAUGUUGCUCUGUAUUUAUAUUAGAAAAAUAUAACGUGUCAUGCCAAAUGGUGUCAUAUUUGCUGCCAUUGAAUUGUUUGGUUAGAAUAAAUCUGCAACCCUGGACUAAUAUACAGUAUAUAUUAUAUAUAAAAAUUGAUAUUUACCCGUUACCAAAAUCAUGUGUUCUUAUCCGAAAUCCUAAAAAGCAAAAUCAAGAUAAGAAUUUUUUUUUUGCCAUUGAAAGCUAAAAAAACCAACCACAAACUGACAUGAAACUUAAUUAAAUGUUUUCCAUUCGAGUUCGUUUCUCAUGGCUACAGGUGCUGCUGCUGCAUGUGCAGAAAUCGAGGAGGUUAAUGUGGCUUGUGACAGGAAAAGCUUAAGAAUCCACCAUGAAAACACUUUUUCUGCAAGUUGCUAGAAGAAUGGGAAAUAUUUCAAAUUAAUCAUUAAACUAACUGAAUGAGUGAAGAGUAAAAAAAAAUAAAUUAAAAUUUUAAAUCGGCCACUGAAAGUAUUACUUUAGUAUAGCAAAAGAUGGAAACCCUUUAAGUCGUACUAAAUAUGUGACUUAUGCAUUUUAUAUACUGUAUUUACAGUAUAUAAUAUCAAAUAUUCCUAAAUACAAGUGGACUUUCAGAUGAUUAUUAAAAUAAAGUGUAUUUGACUCCACAUCAUACUUAAAUGUCAGCUUAAUCUAAAAGAAGUUAAUAAAAUAUGAAUGAUACUCGAUGUUUAGGUUAUUUUUUUUAGAGAACUCAGACGCUGCCGGUUCAUUUUUACCUUUUUUUGUUUUUAAAAUAAUCACACUGAUAAAUACUUCUAUUUUAAACUCUGCACACACAACUGCUCAUUGUCAAAGCCUCGGUGUAAAUGAUGGCUACUGCAGAGCAAAUGGUAGUUUUGCAAAUAUUUGUGAAUCAAUUGUAAACGCAAUGUCUGUUUUCCGAUUUAAUAUAUAAGAAUAAAUCAAAUCAACGCAG